AUAUUUUAUUUUAAUUUAUAUAAAAUUUUCACAUGUUGACAGAUCUACAUCUGCUGAUGAUAGUGAAUAUCUCAAUAUUGAAUUAUUAAUUAAAAACUUGAAGAAUAUGAUAAUGAAGAAAUUGUUUAUAUUAUAUAUAACUGAGUCUCUCACAUCUCUUUCUACUCUCUCUGUUUCUUUCUCUGUCACUCUCUCUCAAUCUCUUAUAUCUGUCUCUGUGUCUGAUUCUCCUGCUUCUGCUAUCUCUGUUUCUGUAACUUUCACUCUCACUACUUCUGCUCUCUCUGCUUCUACUGUCUCUGCUUUUAUUAUCAGCUCUUCUCAUUUUAAGAAGAUGUUAUAUAGACUUAAUAAAUCAUAUUUCUCAAGAAUCACUCUCUCUCUCAGCAGUGUUAAAAUUAUAAUUACUUCAGCAUCAGAGAUCAUUCUAAUCAAAGAUGAUUACAUCACUGAGACUACUCUCUUUCACUCUCAAGCUUCUUCUGUCACUUUCUCUUUCUUCUCUGUGAAGAAGAUUGUGUGCAUAUCAAAUUAUAAGUAUUCAACUCUGA